CGUGCCAUUGAAGCUUGAAGUCAAAAUAAUAAAAGCCGACACCAGGAAGACACUAGCAAAAUCAAUCGCAUUUCAUACACACAUCACCGGAACCUAACCCUAAUUCCCAAUCUAAUCAAUUCUAUUCAAUCACCGAAUGGAUUUCUUCAAAUCCAUCUUAUCCGAAGAAGAUCCGGACCCGCAACCCGAUUCCCCACCCAAUUCAACCCAAGAUCCCCCAAAUCCAAACCCGGAUCCCUCCUCCUCCUCAUCGGAUUCAUGGAGCUUUGGCGGGUUCAUGAAAACGCUCUCGACCCGAUCCGAAUCCGUGAUCGAGACCUACCGGCGCGAUCUGGAGGAGUUCCGGACCGGGUUGCAGAGAGAAACCGAGUUGCUUAAGGAAGUGGCGACCCGGGCCGUGAAGGAGCUGCCCGGGUCGAUUGAAUCAACGGCGGAGAUGAUUAAAUCGACGGCUGAGAUGAUUGCAUCGCAGGGGAAUAAUGAGAGUGAGAGUGAAAGUGAUGGGAGUAGUAGUAAUGUUGGGGUGAAGAGUGGGGGGGUGUAUAGUCGGUUCGAGGCGCAAUUGAGGGGGAUUCAAUGUGAUGUGGGGAGUUAUGUGGAGGACCCAGAGGAUGCGGGGGAGUAUGAGAAGUGGAAGGAGGGGUUUGAGUUGGAGGAGAGGAGGGAGGAGGUGGAGAGGAUUAGGGGGGAGGGAGGGGAGGUGGAGGGGAUGUUCGGGAGGUUGGUGGUGUCGGGGGAGGUAGACGAGAGGGAUUUUUGGUGUAGGUAUUUUUUUAGGGUGUGGGAGUUGAGGAGAAGGGAGAAUGUGAGGGAGAGGCUGGUGAAGAGAGCGAUUGAGGUUGGUGAUGAGGAGGAGUUGAGUUGGGAUGUGGAUGAUGAUGAGGAGGACGGGGAGGAGAAUGAGGGUGAGGGUGAAGAGACGAAUGUGGGCUUAGUGGGAGCUGAGAGUAGUGGAGGGAGCGGGAAAGAGGUUGCGGAAGGUGAUGAGGGAAAUGUAGUGGAAGGGAAGGAGGUGGUGGUGAAGGAUGAAGGGAAUAAUGAGAAGUUGGUGAAGGAUGAAGGGAAUAAUGAGAAGUUGGUGAAGGAAUCUGAUCAGGGGGUGGUUAAUGAAGUUGAAUCUAAUAAAGAGAGUAAUGUCUCGGCUGUGCCUGCUCGGACUUUGUCGAGAGAAGAGGAGGAUCUUGAAUGGGAUGAGAUUGAUGAUGUUGAAGGUAAUGAUGAGAAGAAAGUUGAUCAUGGUGAGAGUGCGAGCAAGACUGAUACAGGGAAGAGAUUGAGUGUUGCGGAAGAAGAUGAUGAGGAUUUGAGUUGGGAUAUUGAAGACGAUGAUGAGCCUGAGAAAGCCAAUGCUAAGCAAUAGCAAGACUGCACUGUCUGAUUCGUUAUAGUAUCUGUUCUAUUUGUUCUGUGACCACAUGUUUCUUACUGUUCUUUUAUUAUUUAAAGCAAGUUCAUGACAGUCAUUUCUUAAUACGUUAAAGGGCGAAAAUCGUAUAUCGUAUCAUUGUAAUUUUAAGAAAAGCAAUUGUGUUCAUAAUAAAGUGCAUCUUUGUCCA